CCUGUGAAGCCAGAGGCGUGCCACUAGUAGAGAUGGCGUCGAGGGGGGUUCGGCACAGAAAGGGCAAGCAGGAUGUAAACACGUCGGUUCACCCCAACAUUAACAGCGAGCCCAAAGGCACAGAGGAAAGCAAGGGCGCCGAGGAGAAUCGGACUGACGCCCUCUCUUCCAGUAAAGCAGGGCAGGUGUGGGCCCCCGAGGGCUCGACUGCCUUCAAGUGCCUCAUCUCCGCCCGCUUCUGCGCAGCCCUGCUCAGCAACAUCUCCGACUGCGAUGAGACCUACAACUUCUGGGAGCCUACUCAUUUCCUCCUGUAUGGAGCGGGCUUCCAGACCUGGGAGUACUCCCCAGCCUCUGCUAUCCGCUCCUAUGCUUACCUGUGGCUGCACGCUGCUCCAGCCUGGUUCCAUGCCAGGGUCCUGCAGACCAGCAAGGUCCUGGUGUUUUAUUUCUUACGAUGUCUUCUAGCCUUCCUGUGCUGUGUCUGCGAGCUCUAUUUCUACAAAGCGGUGUGUAAGAGAUUCGGGCUCCAUGUGGGCCGGUUGAUGCUGGCGUUCCUGGUCCUGAGCACUGGCAUGUACUGUUCCGCAGCAGCAUUCCUGCCCAGCACGUUCUGCAUGUACACCACGCUCGUAGCCAUGACGGGCUGGUACAAUGACAACACCUCGGUCUCUGUGCUGGCUGUGGCAGCAGGGGCCAUCGUGGGCUGGCCUUUCAGUGCAGCUCUGGGGUUGCCCAUUGCGUUUGACUUGCUGCUGCUCAAGAGGAGAUGGAAGAGUUUCCUCACCUGGGCUCUGAUAGCCCUGCUGCUGUUCCUGGGUCCUGUUGUCGCUGUAGACAGUUACUACUAUGGGAAGCUGGUGGUCGCUCCUCUCAACAUCGUGCUGUACAAUGUGUUCAGUCCACACGGGCCAGAUCUCUACGGCACAGAGCCCUGGUAUUUCUACCUGCUCAAUGGGUUCCUCAAUUUCAACGUGGUGUUCGUGCUGGCUCUGCUGUCCCUGCCUGUGACUGCUGUGAUGGGGGCUCUGCUGCAGCGCUUCAGCGUUCAGAACCUGGGCCGCCCCUACUGGCUCACGCUGUCCCCCAUGUACAUCUGGAUCCUGAUCUUCUUCACGCGCCCCCACAAGGAGGAGCGCUUCCUGUUUCCAGUCUACCCGCUUGUCUGCCUGUGUGGCGCUGUGGCGCUGUCCUCCCUGCAGAAAUGCUACCACUUCCUGUUCCAGCGCUAUCGUCUGCAGCACUACACCGCCUCGUCUCACUGGCUGGCUGUGGGGACAGUGCUUCUGUUCAGUGUGCUGUCGCUGUCCCGCUCUGUGGCACUCUUCAGAGGAUAUCACGCGCCCCUCGACCUCUACCCAGAAUUCCACCGCAUCGCCAAGGACCCCACUCUCCACACUGUUCCUGAAGGCCGGCCUGUGCACGUCUGUGUGGGGAAGGAGUGGCAUCGCUUUCCCAGCAGCUUCCUGCUGCCUGACGACUGGCAGCUGCAGUUCAUCCAGUCGGAGUUCCGGGGCCAGCUUCCCAAACCUUUCUCUAAAGGGGGGUUCGCCACACAGAUCAUCCCGACCCACAUGAACGACCAGAACCUGGAGGAGCCCUCUCGAUAUGUCAUCACAGCUGCUGAGGGCCUUUUUCAUUCCCUUUCUAUCGGAGCAGCACACGACUUACAUAAAAUACAUCAUCCUGAAAGCCAAGAGACCGAAGCAAGGCAGGAAAAGAACACGUCUGUGAUGUCCCACCUCGGACUGGACAGAGCAGUGGAGAGUCAGGACUCAUUCCCAGCUUUACUGUGGGGAAUACCCCCGGAUACACAGUCUGGAUGUCUGUCAGUCAGAAAUGACCACUUUUCAAUACUGCUGUUCAGUGGUGUGUACAGCAUGUAUCCUAUUUGGUGGUCCUUGAAAAAGCGGAUUACACUGUAUUGUCCGAGCAGUAUUUUUGCUUGUGUGUCGUGUUAAUAUUUUACAGAUCAUUUCAUGUGCUCCUGCGUGAUUCUUUUUUUUUCAUACUGUAGAUUUUACCCUCUCUGUGUUGAAAUAUUCAUUGAUCUGUCUCGUAAAUGUUUUCUGUUUGCAAGACCUCCUUUCUUGCGCUGAGGAAAGCCUCAAGAAGAGAGGGAGCUUGUGAGCCCGUCGCUAACGUAAGCAAACUGGUGAGCCAACAAGGCCUGCUGUGUUUCUGCUUUCAGUGCACAGAAAGCUAUAAUGUGUUAGAAUGUAGUUCACCUGGGAAUCAUAUUGCAGUUGAACAAUAUAAAU